GUUUAAGUAUGGUAAUAAAGUUCUCACAUUGAUUGUGUAUUUUUAUUAAAAUAAAAUUUGUUAUUUGAGUAGAGUUCAUAAUUUAUUAUUGUGUUAAAAUGAAAAUUACAUUUUAAACGAAAUAAAUCAAGAUGGAUACUACUUUGAAUGCCGAGUUGAUUACAAAAUCGCUCAAUUUUCAUGGACAGCAAUUACAAAAAUUGUGGGAAGGUGAACGUGGUGAACAAGAUUUAGCUAAACGAAAUGUUAAAGACCCUGACUUCCAUGUUUAUGCUCAAAGACAGGCACAUUUAUCAUUUCAAGAUCGCGGCAAAAGGUUGAAAUUACAACAAUUUAUUGCUAAGAAAGCUGAUGUAUUAUUUUCGAAUGAAAUAUGUGAAGAUAUUCCACAAUGUGAUGUACCAAGUACGGAUGAUGUUUAUGCAGUAAUGCCUCCGUUGGAGGUUUAUUUAAAUAUUGAUAAGCAGAGUCGUCUACGAUACUUUUUUCAGAAUGUGAAAAAGGGUGAUUAUAUUUUGGGAACAAUUGCAAGUAAAUCUCCUUCUGGUAUGAUGCUUAAAGUGCUCUGUACUUUAGGAGCCCGAAUGCGAUAUGUUGCUGAUAUUAAUGUAAAGGCUGCCUGCCCAACAGCGAAUAUAAUAUCCGCUGUUGAUAAAAAAGGUGCUUCACGAAGUUACAUGAUGAAUGAUUCAGUAUGCUGUGAAGUGGUUGAAGUAGUUCCUGAUUGUGACAAGAUGGUGUGCAGUAUGAAAGGAAAUUCUCCUGCACCUCCUGGAUGUCCACCAUUAGGUCUUGUCUCAUCCGAUGAUUUUCCAUUAUUAUACAAAAAAGCAUUGGAUACUAAAGGGGAAACCUAUGAAGCUGUUCUUGAAAAAAGUGUUGGAUUCAACAAUCCGAAUAAUAUCAACUAUUUAUUUGGUGUUUUUGGAUUAAAUUCCCAACCGUUAAGCAACAUGCUUGGAUUGAGGUCUCGUUUUCCUCAACAAGAAUAUGCUAGCGAAUUAAGGCAGGUACAAGCUAGCGCCUGGGCUUUUCGUAGUGUAGCUGACGGUAUAAAACAUUUUAAAGAAGGACGUCAUACUGAAGCUUUUCAGUGUUUAAAUAAAGCUUUAACAAUUGAUCCAAGAAAUGUUGAAGGUCUUGUAGCGCGUGGUGCUCUUUAUGCAAAUAGUGGAAGUUUUCAGAAAGCAAUUGAUGAAUUUGAAACAGCAUUAAAAUUAAAUCCGAGCCAUGCAAAUGCUCGGAAAUAUAUGGGUGAAACACUAGUUGCUUUAGGUCGUAGUCACGAAGAAGAAGGAAAAAUUGACGAAGCGCGUAAAGCUUAUCAGAAUUGCUUGAAUAUUAUACCAUUCCAUGAAGAGGCGCAACAUUCUCUGGAAUAUUUACAAAAUAAAAAUAACACUAACAAAAUUGUAGCAUCUGAUGAUCUAUUAUUGCCUAAUCUAGCUACAUCAUCAAAUAAACAAGCACCUACAACAAACACUGAAGUUACAGAUUCAUUAAAACAAUUUCUACGUAGCGAAGAUGAAGAGAAAAAAGAAAAGAAAAAGAAGAAAAAAUCUAAGAAUCGUAAACGUAGACAUCAUUCUUCGUCAUCAAGUUCAUCUUCUGGAAGUACAGCAAGUUCACGUAGCUCUAGUUCGUCAUCAUCAAGCAGUUCAGAUUCCAGUUCUGGUUCUAGUUCAGAUUCGAAAUCAAAACGUAAAAAACGUAGAUCUCGUCGUGAUCGCCAUGAAAAACAAAAGUCACUAUCACCAUUAAGUAAGCGAAUGGCCAUGAUGGAUCCUAGUCAUGAUACGCCCACUAGUUUUCAAUUUAAUAAACCAGCGGGUGCAUCUUCGUCAUUUGAUUUUGGAUUUGAGCAAGCACAAGACCCACCUAAGGCUAAUAAAGAUUUGGAAUAUGAAUUAAAAGUUAGAAGUUUCUUAGAGCAGAAUAAGGAAGAUGAUUCUGAUUAUGAAGAUCGGGUUAGAAAAUUUUUAGAAGAAACGGCUCGUUACAAAAGUAAGAAGUCAAUUGAGGAUAAAAAGAAAAAGAAGAAGAAAGAUAAGAAAUCAAAGAAAGAAAGUAAAAAGAAACGUAAAGAAAAAAAACUAGCAAAGGCACAGGCUAAAGAAUUAGAAUUAAGAGAUGCAUUACGUAAGGAGCUAGGUUUUUCAACUAAAGAAAAAAAGAAGAGCAAACGAUCAUCUUUAGGAUCGGAUGAAGAGGAUUAUUUACUUCGCAAACAUGGAAUUAGCAAAAAACUUUUGGAUAGUCUACCGGAUCUUGAUGAAUUAGAAACAAAAUUAAGUGCUUAUUAUGCCAUUGAGAAAGCUGAAAAAAGUAAAAAUCGCAGCCCAUCUUCUAGUCCAGUCCAGCGUUUUGAUAAUUCACCCUCACCAACUAGGGAACAGAAAGCUCGUCAAACAGUUGCUGAAGCUGCAGCAAGUGCUCAAAAUGCAGCUUUUCCAAAAUGGCGAAUGCAAGUUGGAAAUACCAAUGCUUCAAGUAGUGGUUCUAGAUUUAAAAAGAAAACAGAUCGUGAGGAUUGGGAUGAAGAGAAACCCACUAAAGAACCAACUCCUAAAUUAGGUCCUAGCGCUGAAGAAAAAGCUAUUAGUAUUCGAAAGGCAAUGGCUAUGAAAGAGACUCCUAAAAAAGAACCUCAAGAGCCACCUAGACGUCGCCCUCUUGGUAGCCCUCCUCCAAAACCACCACCACCAAAAGCUCCUCAUUCUAUUAACACAUCGGGGCCAGUGGUUCUCGAUAAAUUCGGUAAUUUUCGUAUUGCAUCACCGAAUACAGCUAAAAAAUUACAACAAGACGAGGAUUUACCUCCUUUACCUCCUGGUGCUCCCCCUCCACAAAGUAUUCCAUUCCCGAAAAAAUUAAAUAGGCCUCCAGAGCCUCCCGGCCCACCACGUUCUUAUAGUAGAUCGCCAGGACGUAAACGACGAACACCAAGGUCUAGAAGCCAUUCCAGAUCAAGCAGUCAUUCAUCUAGAUCGCGCUCUCGAUCUCGAAGAUCUCGCAGUCGUUCUCGAUCUUAUUACAGUCGAUCUCGUUCCCGUAGUGGCAGUCAUUCAUAUUAUUCACGUAGUCGUUCGCGUUCACGCUCACGAUCUCGUUAUUAUGAUCGUCGUGGCGGUUAUCGUGGUCGAUUUAAUGACCGCGGAACGUACUAUAAACCGAGAUUCCAAGGAUAUAAAUCUCGAGGAUUUGUUAGUCGCGGAGGAAGUCGUGGUGGCUAUAGAGAUUAUAGAGAUCGAGAUCGCGAUGAUAGGUAUUACGAUCGUUAUCGUGGAAGAGGUCGACCUUAUAACAGAAGUCGAAGACCAAGGGGUCGGUUUGGGCGAGGUGGCUAUCGAGAUGAUAGAUACAGAAGAUACGAUCGUAGGUCAGAUUCUCGUAGCAUAAGUGGAGAUCGUAGUUACAGUAACGAUUCAGAUCGUGAUCCAAUGACUAAAGUAAAUGAGGAAAAAGAAAAGAUUAAUAAAUAUAUAGAUAGCAAUGAUCCACCAACUAAACACGAUGGACCUUUGAGUGAGGGUGAAGAUAGAGAUGAUUAUAAUGGAGAUAAAAUGGUAGAUCGUCAACAGUAUGAAGGUAAAUGGGCAGAUAAAGAGGAUGGUGAACAUAAUGGACAACCGCCAGAACCACCACCAGAACCCUCGACAUCUGAAAGUAAGGAAAAAAUUCCAUCUGAAACAAAUAUCGAGGAAAUGGAUAAAUUUUUAACUAAGGUAAAAAAGGAGAAAAGAGAGGAGAUGAUUGAGCGUAAUAAAGAUGUAUUGAAAAGUAAACCUUGGUAAAUUUCAGGCCUAGUCAUAAACACAACACAAUACCAUCCUGUCCACCAAUACAGACGAACAGACAUUAGUUCUUUAGAGUUCUAUGUCCUUAAAUUAAAGUAAGAUUUCUAAUCAUUUUUAAUCAUAUUCCUAGGGAAAUAUUGCCGUGAUAUUUCUUUAUGAAG